UCCCGUGGCCGCUCCGUGCCGUACCGCUCCGCACAGCCGGGCGCAGCGCCGGGCAGGGCAGCGCCCAUGGGCUGCGGCAACUCCACGGCCGGCGGCGCGGGCGGGCGAGGUGCCACGGGGACCACUAAAGAUGUAGCAGAAGAAUCUGUAUCAGAUGAUGACAAAAGGAGGAACUACGGUGGUGUGUAUGUUGGCCUGCCAUCGGAUGCGGCUGCCAUGGUUUCCAGUCAGACAAAAGCUGCACCGAAAGAUUAGAAGGAAAUAAACACAUCAAGAUGCAGACAGCCGGAGUCUUCUACUAAGACAAGUUGCCAGUGCUUUAGGGAGAGCUGUCUUUGUGGUGAAGAUUUUUAUACUUACCUAGCGUUCUGGAGAGCAAGAGAGACCACAGCACCAAAAAAAUCUAAACUCUUGCAAGUUCCAACUACGGGUAAAGCUUAAAAUACAGCGUUGAAUCAGUUUCCUAUGGUGGUUGCAUAUGGAAACAUCCUGCUCUUCUCCAGUGAAAAAUGAAAUUAGUAAACUCAUGGUGGAUGUUUCUGCACAAGAGCUAACUUUGAUGAUCUGCAACUUACUUCUCUGUGGCCAUAUUGCAGAUUGCAUUAGCUAUCAGCUACGCUUCGUAUAUUUUCUCCAACAAUUUUUGAUAGAUUUUAUAUAGACAACCAUUACUACUGUCCACUUAUAGGAACCUACCAUAAGAGCUAUUAAAUUAAUUGUUAAUUUACUUCAGAGUAAUAUAUUUGACAGGUUUGCAUCUUUUUGGUAAUAUUGCAAAUUUUAAUAUUUUUGCUGUGAAAACUUAAGAAUAGGAGAAAAUAAUCAUAAGACCAACAGGUUCUUUAUAAUUACUACUGUCACUUUUAUACAGUGAGACAAAUACUAGUGGUUAAUUUUCACAUCUUAAGAAGAUAUUCCUCAAGGAAAUUUAUUUAAAUAAGAACAAUGUACUUCAUCAUAAUAUAUACAUGUCUGGGUUUGGUUUUUUUUAUCAUAUCUCUUUUAUAAAAAACAUUACGUGGAAAAAAAUACUAAUGAACCAAGCUAUUAUGUUACGUCUCCUGUUCUGUGUAAUAUUUUAAUGACAUUUCCUCACAUAAGGAUGAAGUGAUUGUAUUUUUAGAGAUAGCAGCACUAAACUCCAGUGCCGCAUCCUCCUCAACUGUAGAGAAAUUUUGAUCACUAUUAGAGUUUUGUAUCCCUGACUCAUCUCUAAGCAUCUCAAGUAUGACAAAUUGUAACAGAAUGAGUGUUAGUAUUACUUCAGCAAAUUGUUGUAUUUAAUAACGUAUGUAAGGUUUCAAAAUUCGUCAAGUUUAUAGCAACUGUUGGCUUCCCACAGAACUUAAAUCAGAUUGUAUAUUUCCAUAUGGCUGAACAAGUAUUUAAAUUAUUAAAGCCUUUUCCAUAAUUCUUUAGUCAAGCUUUUGUUAACAGGACAUGAUAUGCCAUACACUUUAAACAAACAAAUAAACAACAAAAAAAAACCAAUCCACACUACAUGAAUUUAUUACUGUAGAUUAAUAAACACUUUUAAAUUCAAAGGAAAAGUGCAAAACAGAAAAACUGAAAACGAAGAAGUGAAACACUGUGAAUUGUGAAAUUUCUGCCCAUUUAACUGACAUGUAUUAAGACCAAUGAACAACCAUUGACUAUGGUUUCCAGUAACUUAUAGCUCUGGCUUU